CGUGCGUGCCUACGUCACGUAAUUGCGCGUGCACGAGCAAGCCAGGCAAGCGACUGAAUGGCAGAGCGGCCGAAGCCGACGGUCCACAGUGCGGAAUGACAACUCAUCGGGGAUGGCGGACAAACCUCCGACGGUUUUCUUGAAACUCUUCGCCGCCGGCUUUUACGCAGUCAGUUCGCUUAUCAUCGUUGUGGUGAACAAGAGCGUGCUCACCAACUACGGGUUCCCGUCAUCGAUAUGUGUUGGGAUAGGGCAAAUGUUGGCCACGGUGCUUGUCUUGUGGGUGUGCAAGGCAGCGAGGGUGAUCACCUUCCCAGACUUGGACCAGAAAAUACUUGGCAAGACAUUUCCUCUACCUCUCCUUUAUGUGGGCAAUCAAAUAAGUGGUCUAUAUGGAACCAAAAAGCUCAACUUGCCGAUGUUCACCGUGCUCAGGAGGUUCUCCAUCUUGUUCACAAUGUUGGCUGAGGGAUUUCUGCUCAAGAAGAAGAUCUCCAGGUCAGUCCAGAUGACGGUAUUUACGAUGAUACUCGGGGCCUUCAUCGCCGCCAGCGCAGACAUGUCGUUCGACCUGCAAGGCUACAGCUUUAUCCUCCUCAAUGACGUGUUCACGGCGGCCAACGGCGCUUACGUCAAGCAGAAAUUAGAAGCCAAGGAGCUGGGCAAAUAUGGCUUGGUGUAUUAUAAUGCGUUAUUUAUGAUCUUACCCACUCUGCUGCUGGCUCACAUGACGGGAGACAUCCAGAAGGCUAUGGACUACGACGGCUGGUCAGACAUCUUCUUCCUCGUCGAGUUUUUCUUGUCCUGCGUUAUGGGGUUUGUCCUCAUGUACGCCAUCGUGCUUUGUACACACUACAACUCUGCACUGACCACCAGCAUCUUGGGCUGCAUCAAGAAUGUCCUGGUGACAUACAUCGGAAUGGUGUUUAUUGGCGACUACAUUUUCUCCUGGACCAACUUCAUAGGCUUGAACAUAAGCAUCGCAGGCAGCCUGGUUUAUUCGUACGUCACGCUACGAGAGGAGCAACCCAGCAAGGCCAGCGAAAGCACCAAAAUGGACAUCAAGGGCAAGGUGAUUGUAUGACACUGGACUGUUUUUUUUUUUUUUUUUUUAAUUUUGCCAUGUAUGUUUUUUUUUAAUUUUUUUAAACAAUUUUAUUUAUGUCUGAGGAGGAGCUGAUGCUUUUAAAUCAACAGUCUUCUAAGUUACAUUAACGUUACAAUACAUUUUUAAAGGGACGGUAGCAUUUCCAAGUGUUGAAGGGAAAAAUAUUUAUGAAAUUUUUAUACACAUUGUACUGAAGACACACAUGAGAGCCAGCUGUUACUUUCUGACUGGUUUACCUGAACCGCCAGCUGAAAUUCUGAAGAUUUGGAUUGUCAAACAUCUCGAAAUGGUUAAUCGGUUAUCAAAGUCGUUGUCGAUCAAAAUGCGGAUCAAUUCAUUUUUAGAUUCUGACGCAUACGUCAGAUUUGUUUACAAGGAAUGUAACAUGGAUGCCUUCAAUGUCGUGUUUUCUGUGCACUCUUUUAGUCUGUUACCACAUUUUUGCGCAUGCACUGGUACAACUUUGGGAGAGGGUGCAAAAGGAGCAGUUUACUUUUAGCUUGGUCAGUUAGUGCAACAAAAUUUGAGUGAGUUUGUGGUGGGCUGUUAUGUUACACGUUAAUCUGAACAUCCCUCCGCUGGAAAAAAAAAUGUUUGUUGUAUUUUGCAGGUAACUUUUUUAAAGGUCUUAUACAAAUGUUUUGUUUUUAUCAAUUUUAUUUUAGCUUAAAAGUAAGAAUUUUAUUCAAGUAUGGCUUUGUUACUGUAUUUUUUUACAAAAACGCUUUCCGAUGUUGCAACAUUUGUUCCUGUCUAAUUAAAAGAUGAGCCAUUUGGAA